GGAUGUUCUUCAACGGGGGUUCACACCUGCCGCGACACCGAAACGGAGCAGGCUAUCGUUGCGUCCGAGACGACUCGAUUCUUACCCGAUAUCAGGCAUACGUUGCGAAAGCACCGCCGGCGUCUACGAAUCGAACUCCGUUCGAAAGCCCAGCGAAACCGGACCCCGGAAGUUUACGUUCCGAUCGAGGACCCCGUCGCCGAAUCCGACUACGAAGAGAGAAUCGCACCCGCCUGGUCAUCGCCGGCACGCACGCGGUCAUCGCCAAAGUUUUCGCGAGUGCAGCUGCAUCGUAUCUCGAACUCGAUCGAACAUAGAUCGGUAUUGGAAAGGGAGGUGAAUAAAGCUGAUCAAAAAUGCAGAGACAGAUCGCUCUUUCUUGGAUGCUGAUUGGCGUGGCUCUUCUGUUGACGGUCUCAAUUUCUCCGCCAUCGGCCGAAGCUGCUCCUUACAGCGCGCAGAGUUACUGGAAUCAACUUGAAGAGGAGGAUCCAGAGGUGAUGUUGGAGAUGUUGGCCCGUCUCGGUCAAAAUCUGAUUCGCACCCAUGAACUUGAAAAUUCGAAACGUGGCCUCGACUUGGGUCUUAGCCGCGGAUUCAGCGGAUCUCAAGCUGCCAAACACCUUAUGGGAUUGGCAGCUGCCAACUACGCGGGUGGACCAGGGAGGAGGCGUCGUUCGGAACAAACUGCGUAAAAACGAAUCAUUUUUAUUAUAUAAUCCAACACACAUCGCGUCAAGCUGAUGUAAUUUCCGCGUAGCUAAUUACAUACUAUAUUAUAUAUAUAAAUAUAUAUAUAUAUAUAUAUAUUUUAUCCAAACCCUCCGCGUCGCUAAACCCUUUAAUUAUAUAUAUUAUAAUCAUUUCUUUAUUCGUUUCUUUUUGUAUUUAUUUCUCCGAUCAAUCGUUUGAUUAGCUUUAGCAUAGAUAUAUUGAAUGCUCCAGAUUAUUUAUGGUCAAUUUUUCGAAUCCGACUGCACGGUUAUGGAAUUAUGGAAAAACGAUAAGAAAAAAAUGUAAUGGAAGAAUAUAUCUACUGGUUGUUAAAGAAAAAGAACAGCAAGAAGAAUAGCAUCAAUGUUCACGAGGGUAUACGGUUGUUGUACAUUAAAAUGAUAUGUGAUUUGAGGGAUACAUAGACACCAAUAUGUUUCUAACAAAAAAAGAGAAAAAGAAGAGGAUACAAAGUGAAACAGAAAGUGUAUACGAUACUUUGAUUGUUAAAAUAGCGAAUUAUUAAUUAUUAUUGUAGAUACAUCACGAGAUAAUGGUUUUUUUGUUGUUUGUUCUGUUACACAUUUUGAAAAUUCUUGUUGACAUGCAUUGUUUAUUGUUAAUCUUUAUGAUAAUCUAUUGUCAAUAUUAUACGGGUGUUAUCGAUGCUGUUGGUUUGCUUAUGUUUCCUUAAUUGAGCAUUGAAUAAUACUGGCAAUAAAAAUAAAACAGAAACAACAAAAAUAUAAUGAUGAUAAAUUGUUCGUUGCAAUUAUUUGAAAAAUAAUGACUAAAAGCACAGAUUCAACAUAUUGCACUAUGAUGAUACGUGAUUUAUGUUGACGGAGAUGAUGCCUGCUGACUAUGGAAAAACAUUCAUUGUUAGUUGAUAAAUAGUAUAACAAAAGGAAAAAUAAUAACAAUAUUCAUAGAAAAAAAACGGCGAAACAUCUUGUCUUGAAUUUCCGCUCUGUGUAUCAUGAAGUUUUGCCCUAAUAGGUAUUCUUGUGAAUAAAUGUUACUUUGACCCAGUGGCAUAUGA